GUUCCUUAAUCCCUCACCUUUAAAAAAAAAAACAGCACCUCAUUACAUUAAAAAGGCACUUUUAAGAGCCACAUUUGUCUUGUAUCUUGUUACUCUCUUUACUGUUGUAUUGUUUUCUCUCUCUUGCUGUCUUACUGUCUCCCCCCCCCCAUUCCUCUGAGUGUGGUUUUUGUUUGUUUGUUUUGUCUUUUUUUUUUGUCUGUGUGUUUAUAGUGUGUUUAUCUUUUGUGCCAUGUCUGAUCCUGAGAUGGACUGUCUCCUAAAUGAGAUGAGUGACCUUGUCGAUCAGGCUGAACAUCAAGCUCACCUCCAACAGCUCAUUAGCAUGCACCAGGAAGCAGAACCAUCCACCAGUCAGCCUUCCACCCGUAAUCCAUCCACCAGCCAGCCAUCAAACAGCAAGCAAGAUGUUAGGUGGAUUAAGAGGGACAGUGAUGGAAACAUUAUUUACAGCAGGCCCAGAUCAUCCCGGAAACAAGCAGGUCCCAGUCACAGCCAGAGUCGAAAGACUGGUGUCUCUCAUAUCAGGGCUCCGGAAACCAGUGCGGAAAUGACCAGUGACUUUCUUUCCAUUACUGCAGAGUCCUUCCUUCAAGAGCUUAAAAGCUCAUUGUUUGAGGACAUACAUGAGGAUGAAACGGCACUUCAAGCCUCAACAGACUGGUUGACCCGAAAGAGCCUCAUAUCAGGGUGGUGGGAGAAAGAGAGACCCCGACUGGUCAACACCAUGGUGGCUCGACAACAUGUGGCAAAACGGAUCUGCCAACAUUGUGGAAAUGGUCCAGCCGUUAUCCGUUGUUGUGACUGCCGACCACACCCAUUCCUCUGUGGCCAGUGUGAUGUCAGGGUCCACCGAGGUCACGUGUUCCACAACAGGGAUUCGAUGACCCAUGCAUUCUUUAAUCCAUUGCCUCCCACAACUUGUGUUGUGGAGAGGGUUCUAACCCAGUGUGAGCGUCUUGUACCUUUGGAGAUGCCAGAGACAAUAUGCGGUUGUCAACGAGUAUCGUCCAGUGUCAUCGCAGGACAGUCCAUAGUUGUGGUUACAAUGAAUGGGCGAUAUGAUCUCAGAUUGCCUCAGAUUAGAUGCAAAGCAUGUGAAGCCACUUGGAGUCCUGGAGUGGAUGACCUGAUCCGUAAUGACUACUGGCCGGCCACUUCUCACUAUUCAACUGUGUAUGCAACAGAUGUCCUUUUUUCUUUUGAAGAGCUGAAGAUGGCAGCACCAGGGAUAUCUAGCCAAGCAUUUCUUAGAAUGCUGGAUCAACGCACUGUUCGCUUUGGCCGUAAUGGAAACAUCACAGCAGACAGCUUCCGGAAAAGCUUCUUGGAGUGGGAAGCUGUCCGAUUCGAAGUGGACAAAUUAUGCCAGGAGGACCACUUUAACUGCCCAGCAUGCAGUCCAGACAUGCUUGCAGUAUCCGUUGAUGGAAACCGUAAGCACUACAGAUUCAAGAGUGCAGCUAGAUCGGAGGAAAAAGCCAUCUUUGAUGGCGUGUUCAUCGCGAAUGAUGAUGACGUCGCAAGAUUCGUGGACUAUGUCCAUACCUCAACCAGUCAUGUCUCUGGAAGAGGUGUCUGUGGAGGGCAAUGGUCAGCGGCUCGUGAAACGUCUCAGAAGUCCUCAGGAAAAACAGAUGAGGAGGGCCUGGAACUUGCUGUAUGUCGUCAUGGGGUUCUCCUUCGUGCCCUCAAUAUGUUCAGGGGCGAAAUCUUUGCCUACCCCCUGUACCUCCAAAAGCAAAUGGCCUGUAAGCCAGUUACAUUUUUUGCAAUGGAUGUGGCAUGCAAGUACUGGCCUUACCUCCAGAGAGUGACAGAGAAAUGCCCUGAGCUUCAGGAUCUCCUCAACAUGAGGCCAUUUCUUUCUGUUUUUCAUGCCAAAGCUCAUGAUUUCAAAUGUGAGGUAAAAUGGAGUGGAGCAUAUCAGGAGGGGGCUGGUUCGACUCUUGGCGAAGAGGUGGAGCAGUGCAACGCCUUCCUCUCGAGGAUUGCUGUUACGACAAAGCACAUGUCAAAAGCGGGACGCAUUGACAUGCUGACAAUCAUGGCCAUGCGCUGGAACCAACAAAAGUUUGACAACUUGGCUUCUACCCUUGCCCGCCGAUAUCGGAAGAUAAAGACACCAGUUUUCCCUUAUGCAAAAAUAUAGACAACACUUGCCCAGAUAUUCUUCAAUAUAUAUUAAAUGUACGGAUGGUUGUAUGUGUCGUGUCAGUUGUAUUUUUUAGUGUCUUGAUAUACAAUAUUACAUGUUCAUAUCACAUAUAUUGAUAGUCCAUGUAUAUAAGAAUAUACUGUAUAUUUUAUUAGUUAUGUAAUAGUGAAGGUACUUCACAAUCCUUAUCAACAAUAGUCAAAAUGGUAGGCGUUUCCCUCAAUGUCAUUUAUGUUUGAAGGCCACAAUAGCCCUGCAAUGCCAGUUGCAUAACCUGGAGGCCAUGAAAACAGAAAUGGACAUCUCUGACAAUCAACUGGAGAGGUGGAUCAUUGAUAUCAAUGAGUGGGCAGAAGCAACAACAUCCCCAAAUGAUGCUGAUGUUGCCGCUGUUGCCAGCCGAAUUGAGGAGCUGGUGGCAAGUGUUAAGAGGAAGUCCCAGCGUCUUUACAAGGAUAGUGACGGAUGCAAAGGACGUGCCCGAAUCCGCCGAAAGAUCAGGGAGGAAAAAAAAAUCUUAAAUUCUGUAGUGGAAAAAUAUAACACCUUGGUUCCUAAUGCAGAAAAACUGACAUUGGACACCAUUCUAUGUGACGAGAAUGUUUGGCCAUGGCAGCUUACCCACGGUGACUCUGUAGAUCUAAGGACAAAGAGGAAGGCGUUCGACAUUGUGAUGGCUGUAAGGAGACUUGAGGAGGAGAAGAGGAUUCUUAUUGCAGAGAUGAACAAGCAUUGGAAGUCUCUUUGCUCCCGUGCAGACACCCUGAAGCAGAUGUCAUCCCAGCUUGCUAAUGUGACAUCAGGUGAAACGUGGGGCCUGCUUCAAGAUGGUAUCC